AUGUCCACACACUCAUCUAAGAAACAGUCGCAAAGGACCAAAGGCAACGUUCGUCCGUCCAGCAGCAGACAGGCAGCCCAACUUCUUAGCGAAUCAGGGACCACCACACAAGGCUUUAUAGGGUUUGGCACAUUUUCUGGUGAGCCAGCUUAUGUGCCAGCUGCAGAUCUUGAUAAUGUUGGGGACAUGAGUCUUGAUGCUGACCUGAGGGUACUGCUCAGAAAGUUGUCCAAAAAGGACAGCAUCACAAAAAUAAAGGCUCUGCAAGAAUUUAACUUGUUGAUUAAAGACAAGGAAGAAAAAGAUGUGAAAGCAGUUCUUCCAUAUUGGCCCAGGAUUUACUCUAAAAUGGUUUUGGAUGUUGAUCAUCGUGUACGAGAGACAGUGCAGCAAUCUAUGAAUAUCUUAGCCAUGCGUUUACACCGUCAGUUGGCUCCCCACCUCAAAAAACUGAUGGCAUACUGGUUGUUAAGUAUAUGUGAUCCUUAUCCUACGGUGGCCACAGCAGCUCAGCAAGCAUUCAACUCUGCUUUCUCUGCUGCAAAACAGGCACAAGCACUUAGUUUUUGCCAAGAGGCUAUUCUUGAUUAUACAACUGACAACCUUUUAAAUCAAAAAGCUGAAACACUUAGUGAUCCAAAACUCACAUCAUCUGAGGAUAUGAUCAGUAAAUAUAAUCGUAUCCUUUCUUCUUCGUUGUUGGCAUUGUGUAAACUUCUUCGUGCACUUUCAUCUAAACCUCAAUCUGUUUGUGAAGAAAAAAUCACCAUGCUGCUGGAAUCUUCCAAGAUCUGGAACCUUUGUAAAUCUCCUGUCAACUCGGUACGCAGUUCAUCCUUUCUCUUUCUGGCUGCUGUCUGUCAAGUAGUUCCUGAUAUUGCCAAUAAUUACCUCAAGAAACUCAGUCCAUGCAUCCUUUUAAGUUUGGAUGAUUCUGAUGUUGUUGCUUGUGGCUCAGUAUGGGAAGCUGUCCUUUCUUUAGUCAACAUGUCUGAGGAAUGUUGGAAACAUGUAAGUGUGCCAAAAGGUGUGUGGCCUAAACUAAGAACAGUAUUAGCUGAAGGGUGCCAUGGAAAUGCAGCUGUCAUUGGCCCCAGCAUUUUACCAUUGCUUAGUAAAUUUCCAAAAGAAUUCAUUGGACAACCACAACAGUUUUAUGAGCAGUUCUUUUCAAACAUGAAAACAGGAAUUGGGAAAGACAGUGUCCAGUUGAGUCCAAGUGAAUGUUCAGCUGUGGUGACUGCUCUGAUGGAAUGCAUUCAUUAUAUGAUAAAGGUUGAUACAGACAUACUUCAUCCUGUAGGCUCUCAUCUCCUUUUCAUGGACCAGCUCGUGCCCAUCGUCCAAGCCUCUCUGAUUGAAGAGAAAGCUACCCUGUCACGAAGUCCUCUCUACUCUAAACUUGGCUACCUCCUGCGAGUGCUGGCUGAAUCAGCUCCGCCCUCACAUUCUGAUACAUCCGAUUCUCCAUCCUUAGCUCAUCUAUGUUGGAAGCAAGUUACAGACCUCACCCUUGACUGUUUGAAUGCCAUCACCUCAGACACACAUUCAGAGCUUGUCAUUAGAACAUCCCACAAUACCGUGUCAACCCGACUGAUCAACCUUGUUCAGUCAUUGAUCUAUCCAACAAAACUCCAACUUAGGCAAGAGAAAUCAAUGAGUGUUAAUUUUUCUGAAGUUGUUGGCCCUCAGUGGAAAACCUCAUCCACAAGUCCCAAACGAGACUACACAACAUUGAACACUUUCCAGAAGAAGUGCGCUUCAGAAUUGAUUCUGAAAUCAUAUGGAAUGAUUAACAAAGAGCUGGACACAACGUGUGUGCAUUUAUUUGUGAACUUCCUGAAAUUGUAUCCAACUGAAGAGAUGGUUAGUCUACUCCUUAUUAAUACUGCUGAACCCCAACUCCAGUUGCAACAUCAGACUGCAACAGAGACCUUCAUCUCUAGUGUUAUUCUCAAAUGGUUAAAACAAAUGCAAUUAGAAUCAAGCCAGUCACACCUGGAAAAAUGUGGUGCUGAUUUACUCAGUGUUUUGUUUGUUUUACUCUCCUCUUUAGACGACAAUCAAAUUUUUAAUUUCAUGGAUGACAUCUGUCAAGAAUUCAACAAAUCAUGUCUGUUCAAGAUACUGCUCAAUGAAAUCUUAGUCUCUCAAAGAAAGAUUCCAGCUCUCCAAGAAUGGUUGUCUCGACCCACACUUGGAAAGAAACUCCUCUCCCUAACAUCAAGUGUCUGCUCCCAGGCUUUGCUGCCCUACUCAGCCACAGAACUGAGUGAAGCUGAAGACAACUGGACCAUCCUCACUUUGGCAUUAUCAUCAAGCUCACAAUCAGAGCCUUUACUGAAAACAGAAUACAUUGAAGACAUUCUGCAUAGAAUUCAUCAAACCCUGAGAGAACUUGGCGAGUCUAAAGACUGUGAUAAGGUUGACCAUUCUGUACUGUUUGUGGCCAGGGUUAUGAGUAGCUUCUUCCAAGGUUUACAGGAUUGUUCUUGGUUGUCAUCUGCAGAAGACUUGCUUCUCAUUAUGUUUCUCUUUUCCUUGGAUAAUGAUUUAAAAAUUUCUGAGUUAACCCGCUCAGAAGUGCGUUCAGCUUGGGUCACUGGAUUGCAGACUCUCUUGAAGCAGCGAUCUUUACAGCUGAUCGAAUCCAGUUUUUUUGCUCGAAUCUUCCAAGAGAUUAUGAGCGUGGUUGUGAAUAAAGUAGCUUCAAUGCAGCAGUUGAACAGAGUUUGUGAAGAAAUGAAAAGAUUUUUACAAACAGCUUGUGAGCAGACAGACAAUGAUAUCAUCAUCAAUCAUAUGUCAACAUGUUUGACCCAAGUUGAUAUUUUUGCAGAGCAUCUAAUGCCACCACGACAGUUUCAAGAAUAUCUAAUGCUUACUGGGCAGUUAACUGCCAUAUUUUGGGAUCUGGAAGGUCAACCAGAUGGGACUGUAUGUCGUUUUCCUGAAUCUUUGUUAUAUACAUCCUUAUUUCUGGCAUAUAUGUUGGAGAUUCUUCAAGGCUGGUCUUUGGAUAAAGAAUCAGAUUGCAAAACUCUCAACUGGGUUCAAAAAGAUCCUCAGAUUUUGGAAUUAUUCUAUGGUCUGAUUUGUAGUAUGGCCAUUUGCCAAAAUUGGUUAGAGACUGAUCAACAGGUUGUGAAGAAUGCUGGCAUCCAGAAAGAAAUAUCAGAAUUAAAUGGAAUUAUUAUGAAGCAAAUUGAAUACUUAGAAAAAGAACAAGCAGAAAAAGUAUUUGAUCUUUUCAUACAAAAAUCAGUGGAAGUAAGUCACUGGAGGGCAUUGGGACUAAGUUUGCUGUUGAAUCACUCGUCCACAUAUGAGCUCACAGAAAGCAGGAUUGGCUGUUAUUUUGAGGAAGAAUCAACCGAGAGACAAAAACAAAUCGAGCUCUGA